UUGAACUCUGUCUGUCUGCCUCCAGCUCCUGUCAUCGUCACUCCACCGGGUCAGGUGUACAACGUCAGCGGCUCCCAGGUGUACCUGAGCUGUGAGGCUGUGGGUGUGCCCACACCUGUCCUCACCUGGAGGAAGGUCCUUGGUGGAAAGAGAAAGGCGGCGCUUCUUCCCGGAGAUCGAGACAACCUGGCGAUCCAGACCAGAGGAGGACCAGAAAAGCAUCAAGUGACCGGAUGGGUUCUGAUCUCCCCUCUGACUGAAGAAGAAGAUGGAUCAUAUGAGUGUCACGCCUUCAACUCCAAAGGUGAAGCAUCGGCCAUUGGGGAGAUCCACCUUGUCGAAUCCAUCGACGAAAUCAAGACGGGGCUCAAGGAGGAUGAGCUGUGAUCAGCGGGUCCAACAAACAUUACAGGAAAC